AGACAGACAGACGGACGAGACCAAGCAACAAGCGCACGCCGCGGCGAGCAGUCCAACUCAACACUCGACGACGACGAUCGACUGACGCCGACGACAGCGGCAUCGACGUCAGACAGACAGACAGACAGACAAGGACAGCAGUAGCAGAGCUCCUCGUCCUCUCCUUCUCAUCCAUCGAACAGGCAGUACAACUACUCUCACUCGCUUCACGACACACAUCAGGCCCACAAUCUCGACGACAAGUCUCACUCCGCACGUUCUUUCUUCACACGACCACGACGGCCAGCCCGCCCGCCCGUGAUGAGCGGCGGUCUCCUCUCUUCCAUCACCUCCCUCUUUGGCGGUGCACCAGACUCAACGUCGAAUCGCAAGUCAUCCUCGUCCGUCUUUGGCUCCGGCUUUCCCUCUUCAUCGCGAAGAGGCCCACCCUCACGCCUGGACGACGCUGCCUGGUCCCUUCCUUACAAUUACGCCAACGGUGCCAAUAACUCGUCUUCUCCACUCGCAUCCCCGCUCUAUCCACCACCACCAGGAAGCGCCGCCUCCUUCAACACGCUCAACGGUGCCGCAUCAGACUCGGUUGCUCACCUGGCCUCGCAGUCCUCGCACACUCUCGUCAACCCACCCCAGCCAGCAGCGGCAGUAGGUGGCAUCAGGUCUACAAUGGACGCUCGCACCCCCACUGGACUCUCCAUCCCCUCUACCUCCUUCCCACCACUGCGUCACACCUGGAAUCGGAUCCGCACCUGGUCAGAGUCGCAUUAUCCCGAGCUCAAGGACACCCUCAAUUGGCCCGCGACAGAAGCACAGCUCGAUGAGCUCGAGUACGCCAUCGGGUUCAGCUUGCCCGCUGCCGUCCGUCAAUCCUAUCUCUGCUUCAAUGGGCAAGAGCUGGAGAGCAACCAGUCCUGCGGGGAUGGUAUCUUCUUUGGACUGCCACUGUUGAGCCUCGAGCAGAUUGCGGAAGAAUGGAAGUUCUGGAGAGCGGUGGACGACGAUCCGACCAGUGGGGCGAGUGACGAGGUCAGGCAGUGGCAGAGCAGCUGCCCGGAUAAGUGGGUGAGGGCGCAAUACUCUUGCAGAGGUUGGAUCCCGCUCAUCACCGAUCGGGUGGGUAACUACAUCGGCGUGGAUGUCACACCUCAUCCAUCUGGCGGUGGCGCUCCGGGCCAGAUGAUCCUGUUCGGCCGCGACUUCGACACCAAGGUCGUGCUCUGGCGUGGAGAGGGCGAAGGUGGGUGGGGUCGCUUCCUUCAGUACGUCGCUGAGGAGCUCGAAAGCGGCGAGAUGUGGACCCUUGAGGAGCUCAGCAGCGGCAGCGAAGACGAGGAGGAUGCGAUCGGCUACGAGUCGUACUUCUCUGGCGGCGGCAGUGGGUCCGGGCGAGGCGGUGGUGAUCGUGGUGGGGAGGGAUCGGCUGGGUUCCGACUGACAGGAGAGUACCGAGGGUGGCCCGUACUCGAGGCAUGGGCGGAUCGAUCCAUGCGCUGUUGGGAGGAGGUCGGGCUUCUGGCUGGGGUGCCCUUCGGGCAGGGUGAGAUGCCAAGCGUACGUCUCUCUGGCGUGGACGAGAACGGCGAGUCGAUCGAUGCGGAAGGGAGUGCGAGGCGUAGCACCAGCAGCGGUAGCUCCACUCAUAACCGCCUCGUGGACGGAGACGUCGAUCACCCACUGCAAGGCGAGUCAGCCAACCCGGAUGACAGCCUCAAUGGCUCGAUGUACGGUCGACCAUUCUCCCCGUCAAACGAGCCACCACCGCAACCUGCCGCCUCAACCUCUCAAGAUCUCCUCGAAACGCGCCCUCAAGGCAGACGCAUCUCAGACACCCUCUCCCCUCCACCAGCAUCAGUGCGUGGUGGCGCCUCACGGAACAAGCAAAAGCACAGGGACGGCGGGGAUAUGGGUGCGGCUGGCACACUCUCCGCGUCUUCCUCCUCCUCCCGCCAAUCAUCAUCCGCAAGACGACGCCCUCCCCCGCCUGCACCCGCCCAACCCCUCGACCUCCCCACAAUCGACGACGUCCGAGCAGCUCGAGCUGCCGCCUUGGCCGCGCACGAGCGCAGCACUCAGGUGCAAUAUUCUGACCUGGAGAACUCGACUGCAGGAUUGAGCCUGGGUCGCAAUGGUACAAUCAGGGCGGCAAGUGGGCAAGGGCCGCAGCAAGGAGGAGCAGGGCGUGGCACGCGUUCAUCGGAGGCGUUGGAGCUUGACAGCCGAUCGUUCGGCGACGGGCGUAGGACUACCAGUGGGCUGGGCGUGGGCGGAGGACCGCUGAGCGACGUAGUUGUGGUGGGAAGCGAUGGUGGACGUAGGUCGAUGCAGUCUCCCUCCCCUCGAGGAUCGACGGAUCGUGAACGUGACAGUCGGGAUCGUGUGCGCUACGAUUCUCCCUCGACGAACCUGAUGGACGGGUCUGCGCCCAACUCGCCCAGCUUGGGAUCGGGUGCCGCUUUCCCCGGCGGAGUGCCAGCAGACUACGUGGCUUCCCCACUCAGUCACUCUUAUGUAGGGCGUGUAGCUUCAGUAGGUGAAGGAGGGGACUCGGCAGCUUCAACGCCCACGAAGGCAAAGGGCGGUGCGGUCAGCUCGUUGGGUGGCGCUCUGGGAGGAGGGGCAGGAGGGCUAGAAGCCACGUCGUGAGGACGAGAUCUCGUCAUUGUUGAUAGUCAAAUGCGUGUGCGACGACAUGGGUACGCCUUGCCUUUCUCCUAGCCUGUGCACCUUCCCCCCAUCUUUCCUCUCGAUCGUUGUAAU